CGUACGGACCACCUCUCGGUGUAGUGGGGGGGCCAAGAGGGGAUAGGAAACGGAAAGUUCGGCUAGAAAUGACAACACUUGGACUGGGUUCAGGGAUCGGAGAGAGGGGCGUUAUACGGAGAGUACGGAGCACUCAGAAACAGAAUUUGCUCAAGGCCGGAGAAGAGUGGGGUGUGCACUCCUACUUUGCUACUACAACACGCAAGUCGCAAGAGGCAGUGAGAGAGUGAGAGAGGGAGGGAAACACCGCUCGGUAUCAAGAGACUCCACAGGUCAGGCUGGCUGUCUAGCUUAUCUGGGAUGGAGUGGGCUGGUGCCAAUAAAUGCAUUUUUGACGAGUCCAGCUGCACCAGGAAGAGAGGUACAUCGUACAGCAGAUGGGUUCCGCCUGGAGCGCUAAUGCCCCCCAUCAUAUGUAAUCGACAAAGGAAGCCGGGGCGGAGGAUUAUUCCAUUGACAUGGGGACCAUUUCCAGAACCAGGGAUACUACCGGAGCAAGACCGACUAAAAGCAGAGCCCUACCCACUCCGGUUAGUCCCCGUGGCCCCCUCGAGAAGCCUAAGUAAGUACCUGAAGGCUGAGCCCGAGUCACUGUUAGUGCGUCUUUGGGUCAGAGUUACAUGCGCCCCUCCUCCUUCUUGUCUCCUCGGCCGCCUUGAAAUUGGUCCUGAGAAAAGCCGAAUGUGCCUAAACCUGCAUAGGGCCAAAGAAGGGGGGGCGCAAGAGAACAAGGAAAAAGAAACACUAAAGAGGAAGCCAGAAAGGGACCCAAUCUGGAUGAAGUAAAGUAACUACUGUAUGGAUGUAUCCAACUAACGUUCUCCCCGUAAGAGCAAUAAUGUGGCCACCGUGCUCCGGCCACCGGGGCUCACUUUACAUAUACGACAGCCUGACGAUCG